AUGAUAAAAACGUUGUGUAGACUUACGCCAAAACUACUUUUUGAUUGGAAAGUAUGUGGCUUCAUUAGGGUAACGCGGUCUUGUGCUCUGUGCAAAAACCAAAGCGCACAAAUGGGUCCUCAACUCUGGAUCCCCUAUCGCCUUAACAGCACCUCGAAAAAAAACUACUCGGCGGACGAGUUGAUGGUGUUUAACCAAAAAGCCACAGAGGCAUUUAAAGAAGGGGACUAUGGUGAGGCAAUUCAUUUGUGGGAGUUAAUUUCAGACUCGGAGAACCAUUCCAAAGACAGUGUGGCCGUGAUCGGCUGCCUUUACAACCUGGCCUCGGUGUACGGCAAGGUGGGCAAGCACGCGCGGAAGAUCGAACUGCUGGAGAAGAAUCGCCAAGUGGUGGAGCGGAUGUACAGCACGGCGCACCUGCAGUACGCGAUGGCGCUCUCUCAUCUGGCCUGCGCCGAAGAGGAGGUCGGCAACUACGCGGCGAUGCGCCGCCACCUCGAGGCGGCCUUGGCUGUGCAGGAAACGUGCUUGAACCCCACGAACGUCAAACUCGCCCGUGUAUUGCUUUUGCUGGCAAACGCGCAUGAAAGACUCGGGGAGUCGGCGGCGCAGUUGCAUGUGGCGGCGCGGGUGGUUGAGAUUUUACAGCGGCACUACGGCGCGGCGCACAUACAAACCACUUCCGCGUUGAUGAUACUCGGCCGCGCCUACGGGGCGAACAACCAACCCGAGAAACACCUAAAACUUGUACAGCAGGCGUUUGAAAUUCACGAAAUCCGCUUCGGCUCUGGCAACCCUCAGCUUGCGCAGAGUUUGCUGGAGCUCGCAAAAGCGCACGCCGCGAACGGGGAUUACGCAAAGCAAAAGGAGUUGUUGGAUAAGGCUCUUGACGUGCAGAAGCGGGCGGUGGGCGAGCAGCCCACCUAUCUGGUGGAAACCUAUCUUUCCUUGGGUGAUGCGUAUGCGAAACUCGGUGAGGUGGGGUCGAUGGUUCACUACUAUAACGAAGCCCUGAAAAUGGCACAGUGUGAGGAUGGCUGCAGUCCUGUAGAGAUCGGAAGAGCCGCAAUCAAAGCUGCGCUGGGAAAUCUGCAAGUGAAGAACCUGAAAAACGCACGUAAGCUUGCGACCGAAGCGGGGAAGCUUCUGACUAUGGUAUCGUCUAAUCAUCCUUUAGCAAAGGAUCUAGCAGAAAUUGAUAAAAAACUAACCGAAAGUGAAGAAAAUGAAAGGAAGAGUUGA